GGAGCAAGUAGAAACUCAAACCAGAAACACUUGAACAAAUACUCUAAAGGAAACUUAUAUUUCUGUCUAGUUGACACGGUCACGGUAUGCUAUGAAAAGCUAGCAUAUGAGAAGCUAUUAUUAGAGGAUUUGGUAGCAGAGGAGUAGUUGAUUUCUUCAUGGAAGCUCUGUAUAAAUCACCCCAUGCAUUUGUCACAGAGAUAUGCACUUCCAUUAAACAAAAACUUGUUUGUCUAGUUACUCAAUUAGAAUCACCAAUGGCUUCUCUCAGAGUUGUUUUUACUCUUGUAGUGAUGUCCUUUCUCUCCUCUACUAUGUCCCAAGCUCUUUCAGGUCUUUUUCCAGAAUUCUAUGAGUUUUCAUGCCCACAAGCAAAUGAAAUUGUCAUGUCUGUUUUGGAAGAGGCUAUUUCUAAAGAUCCAAGAAUGGCUGCUUCGUUGCUCAGACUUCACUUUCAUGACUGCUUUGUCCAGGGGUGUGAUGCAUCAGUAUUGCUAGAUAAGACUAGUGCAUUCAAAAGUGAAAAGGAUGCAGGACCAAACAAGAAUUCCAUCAGGGGAUUUGAAGUGAUUGAUGAGAUCAAAGCUAGACUUGAACAAGUUUGCCCUCACACUGUCUCCUGUGCAGACAUUCUAGCCCUUGCUGCUCGCGACUCCACCGUUCUAAGUGGAGGACCACAUUGGGAAGUUCCACUAGGAAGAAGAGACUCAAAGGUAGCAAACAUCAAGAAAGCAAACAUAAACAUUCCUCCACCAAAUUCCACUAUCCACAGCCUCAUCAAACUUUUCGCCCAACAAGGCCUUGAUGAAGAAGAUCUUGUUGCUCUUUCUGGAGCACACACCAUAGGUAUGGCAAGAUGUGUGUCAUUUAGGCAAAGGCUAUACAAUCAAAAGGGUGACAACUUGCCAGAUGCAACACUAGAGAAAACUUACUACACUGGUUUAAAAUCAACUUGUCCAAGAAGAGGAGGAGACAACAACAUUUCCCCUCUAGAUUUCACAUCUCCAGUCAGAUUUGACAAUACAUAUUUCAAGCUGUUGCUAUGGGGCAAAGGACUUUUGAACUCAGAUGAAGUGCUACUGACUGGCAAAGUAAAAAAGACAAAGGAAUUAGUGAAGAGCUAUGCUGAAAAUGAGGCACUUUUCUUCCAUCAUUUUGCAAAGUCAAUGGUGAAAAUGGGGAAUAUCAAGCCACUUACUGGAUCGAAGGGUGAGAUCAGGAAGAAUUGUCGCAGAGCUAACUAACUAAAUAUUUAGUUUCUGUGUAUCUAAGAACUACUAUAUGGAUUGUCAUGUUUGCUUUAUUUUCUGCUCAAAACCCGAGCUAGCACUAUUUUUUAAGUUCAAUUGAUUUGCUCAAUUCCUGUGGAUUAUUAAAGUUUCUAUAAACUAAAUUAAAGUAAUACUCAAAUUUUAGAACUA